UGUGAUGUGGUUGAGUCACAAUAAAUCCAUUAAGUUGCUCAAAAGAUGUACAUUGUCGCCAACUUGUCUGGCCAGUACAGAUGUAAGUUGGGGGGUUCACAAGUACGCACGCGCACGUCAAGGCGCCAUUCUUUUACACGUUCCAGCAUGUGUUUGUCGUUAAAACGGCAGACGAGUGACCAUAAAAAAGCGCAGCUCGUUCACCGCUGCCAAUUUCUUCCCCAAAGCCGCCCCCCCCCCCCCACAAUACUCAGAGAGCGCUGCCGCGCGUGACAAAUUGUCUGCGUGAGAGACGAGGGGGGGUGGAGGACGGAAGAGAAGAAUCGUCUUAAAAAUGGCGCCCUGUGAAGAAAAGGGGCCGAAAUAGCUUCGGUGCGGAGUGGGCUCGCGUAUCGGAGCUGCUGAGGAACGCGGAGCUGUGCGCGGGAGACAAUAGACAGUGAAAUAUAUGGGGAGGAGGUGCUCCCGGCUGAUGUGACCCCCUCCUCCUCCUCCUGCACUCGCUCCUUCUCCUCCUCCCUCCAUUCCUCCCAGUCUACAGGCUCGUCAAGCCGAGAAAUAAACAGAAGCGAGCUCACACAAGGAAGAAGAGCGGACAUUCCUCCUCUCUCUACCCCUCCAGUCCCCCCCUCACCCCCACCCCACCCGCAGUAUCUGCUGCCCAUCUUCAUCCAGGCAGCCUCCUCUCUCCUUUUUUGUUGUUGUUUUUUUUCUUUUUCAUGGAGAGGAAUUAUCCCACAGCUGGUUUUGGAGAUCUCGGCUCUGGGACGGGAUGGAGUUACGACAGAUCGGCCAAAGCAAGCCUCAUGUACGGGAGCGCCAGGUCGUCCCACCACGACUCGGAGCUGCUCCACCGGCAGGCCUACGGAAGCCCUCACCCGCUUCAGGGUUAUGCAACCAACCACCACCCAGGAGGCUCCAGGCAGGGCGGGGCCUGGGCUGGACGCACAUUAGGCCUGUCGGGGCUGUUUGAUGCCGGUCUCCACCACACGGGCCCCUCGGGUCCCGAUCCGUCCGUCAUGAAUCUGAUUUCAGCUUUGGAUUCCCGCGGUCCGCAGCCGCCGCCCUCCGCUUCUUCCCUCCUCACGCAGUUUCGCACUCCCUCUUGGCAGACCGCGAUGCACAGCCCGGCCCCGACGGAGCUCUUUCUUUCAGGAGCUCUCCCGGGUGCCGCGUCCUUCUCCUCCUCCUCGGCCCUUUCCGCAUACCAGCACCCCGGCUCUUUCUCCGGACGCUCUUUCGCUCCUUCGUUAUCCCUGCAGGACACGGCCGCCUUUAGCCCAAAUUCCAACGGUUUGUUGUCCCCCCACGAUCCCUUGAUGCACAUUAAGACCCCCUCCCAGUCCAGCUUGGGAUUUGAUCGCCUGCUGUCUUCUCAGAGCGGCGCCUACCGCAGUUCCCAGGAGCUGGCGGCGCCUCCUCCGAGCCACGCGCCGCCCGGCUCCUCGGGUUGCCACCUGCCCCCUCCCCAGUUUAACCUGCUCUCCUCCCAGCUCCACAACCAGUCCCCUCAGCUCUAUAACGCCUCCAUGUUUUCCUCCACCCCGGCCCUGAUCACCGCAGCCCCCGCGCAGGAGAGGACGGUGCCGCGGCAGGAUAGCGUGAUCAAGCAUUACCAGCGUUCAUCGCCGGCUCAUUGCGCAACACUCCCACCGCAGCAGUAUCUGAGUUGCGCCGGGUCGCUGGGCUACCAGCAACUGCCGAGCCAACACCAUCACGCCGGCGUCUCCUAUAGUCCCUCGGGGGAGCAGAGUCCGCCCGCAGAUCCCAAACGCUCACCGCAGGCCGAGUCGCGUCCGUAUCCACCUAACCUUAAAACGCCCUACGCUUCUUCUUCCUCCAGCUCGGCCUCCUCCUCCUCGGCCGAGACGAAAGAAGCCGAGAGCUCCGCGACCGGCUACUCAUCCAAUUCGCUCUCGUCCUCGUCGCGCGCCUCACACACGCCGCCGCCGUCGUCCAACGGCUCUUCAUCACCUUCAAACCCCCAGGGCAGCGCCGCGAGCUCCUCCGUCCCCUCGCGUCAGCAGCCCCCACCUCAACCGGCACCGCCACCGGCACCGGCACCGGCGGUGUCAUCGGCCCACUCAGCUCCCAAAGCGUGCCUCUCUACGUACGGUUCUCCAGCUGGGGCCAAAUCGAGCACAAGUCUAUCGGGCCAGACCCCUCCCCAACAACAAGCCCGCUCGUACUCUCCCGAGCAGCUCGCGUCGCCUCCCGUCACUCGGUCUUGCUUCAGUUCCCCUCAAACGUGUGACAUGAGCUCUGGAGCAGGGGGCAACGGAGGCAAGGCUUUCGCUGAUUUAGGCGCCGGCGGACGCUCAUUCUCAGCCGAAAUUGUCUUUGGGGACUCAAGCUUCGGUUCGGCUCCUCGCGGAAGAGCCGAGAGUCCUUCUCGAGGGUACGGGACUGCCGCAGGAUCGACAGGAAGCGGGGCAUCGGCGAUUUCCGCCCUCGAAAGCGGACUUGGAUCUGUCGCUUCAGGAAGUGGGGUUGCCGGUGGAGGCGGCGCUUCGUACCACUUGAAUGAGUCGAGUCCAUCGCCCGCCGUCACUUCGACCGUCCCUCAUCCCGGGUUGCACUCUCCGGCUUCCUCUCGACCCGCACAGUCGCCCGGAGGUUCGGGGACCGGCAAAUACCCGCCCUCCAUGCUCUCACCCACGUUCGCGGCUUCAUCGCAUAACCCGAGCGAAACGCAACAGCCCUACCGCCCGGCCGCCCCCAAAACCAAAACGCAGGCCAACGUGCUCGGGGUGGAGCGCUCCCAAAUGGAGGAAGCGGAUGAUUUCCUCAUCCAGCAAUUACUCCGUACACAAAGUUCUCAUUCUGCCCGGCAUCCUGCGUCUUCUCUGCGGAUGCCGCAACAGCUCGCGCCGGCGGGAGAUACAGGAGCCAAAGGAGCGACUUACGACAUGAGCGAGAUCCCAGACGAGCGUCACCACCUUCACAGUGUGAUUCGUGCAAAUAGCGCCACGGACCCUGACGCCCGCAUGAGUAAAGUCACGGGUGGGUUGAAGAGUCAGUUGGAAAUAUCACGGAAGAAGCAGCAACAGCCCGAGUCCGAGUUGACGAGAUCGAAUUCCACUUCGGAAGGGGUGGGAGGAGUCCCAGACCCUCUUUCCCAUCCGAACCUCUCCCGCCAGCCGGAACGGGACUCCCUGGUUUCUGCGGGACAUUACGGAAGAGGGGACCCCUACGGCCAGCACCCGCAUUCUCAACAUUCCCACCACAUCUCGCACCCGUCACCCCAUUCUCAAAAGCAAGCGCAAUGUCUCUCUCAGCACCCGCAGCCCUCCUCCCAUCAUUCUCACUCACAACAUGCUCACAUGGAGCUCAAAAAGACUUUGGAUCGGACCGACGACCCCUACUCGUGCGAUACGACAGAUGCACAGCAGUCUGGACAAAACCAGAUGAUGAAUUCGCAAGCGGACUGCCCUCAGCAAACUCAGAUGCUGCAUUCUCUUAUGCCUCGGGCUAAGAUGGACCCCCAGCGAGCGCCACGGCACCAUCCCUUGAGCCAGCAAGGUAUCAUGGGACCAUCUGGAGGAGCAGGGCUCACAGGGGCGGAUUCCCACGCGCACGGUCGCCCCUCGCAGCUCCAACUCCAGCUGCAGAAUCAGAAUUUGGAUCCGCGCUAUCACCUCGGAGCGCCGAGAGAUCAAAGCCAGGAUAUGUUGGACCGGCGUCUUUCACAGCCAAGGAGCAGGGAGAGCGGAGGACCCUUAUCUCUGGAUCGACACGGCAUCGGGACCGGUGCCAAUAUCACGGAUGGCGAUGGCGUCGCUGGGGAAAGCCACGGACAACAGCUCGGUCUGUCAUCCCACCACCUUGGUGGACAAACGGGCCCGGAGCUUCAUGGCUUUCUCCCUGAACCUGACUUGGCCUCUCGCUUGCACCACGUCAACCAGCCUCAGAGCCACGCCCACCACCGUCACCAUCAACCUUCCCACUCCCAUUUAGCUCAUCCGCAGUCCCAUCAGAUGGUGGGAAAUAUGGGACCCGGCCAACAACUGCAACAGUCCCAAGCCGGCGAGGCCGACCGCCAGCCGUCCCACUCUCAGUUGGAGCGUCUUAAGCCCCACCACCACUUUGACACCGUGAGCCCCGGUGGAAAAACAAGACUGAAUCCAAAUCAGCAGCAGGAGCAGUUUACAUCCUUGACAUCCAUCUGCUUUUCAGACUCCCUCUUAAAUGACGACGACCGGAAUUACUUUCCGGGAGUGGAGGACAUGUUUUGCUCGGCAAAUUAUAAGCCCGGUUGCGACGGGGAUUCUGGGAGUGGACAGGCUUCGCAAGAGAGCGUUCCCCAAGGUCGCGGGCAAGACGGCAUGGAGGUCUUAAAAACGGGAGAUGCCGGACAAGCUUACGGUCUGGUCGCUCACCACGGAGAUCAAGGCUACGGACAAUAUUGUCACUCUCUCUCGGGAUUAGGGAAUACAUCUCUGAAUGCAGAUCUCGACUCGAUGAAGACCCAAGAUCUGCCCUCAACCGUCAACACCGAUCAACUCGGCCUCAUACAGUCCCAGGCCCCCGCCAUGGGAUUGAAUGCCACCGCCGAAGACUCCCUCAACAAAAUGACAGGGUGCGCGGCGGUCGUCGGAGGCCCGAGCAAUAGUGCGAUGGCCGCGGCCCUUUUUUGUUCACCCCGACCCAAAAAACUGCUCAAGACCAGCUCCUUUCAUUUGCUUAAACAGCGACGUGAGCCCCAACCUCUGGCCAAGAAAAAUUACGCGCAAGAAUACGAAUUUGAGGACGACGAAGACAAAGCCGACGCUCCGGCCGAUAUCCGUCUAAACAGCCGGCGCCUUCCCGACCUCCUACCCGAUUUGGUUUCAAGCUGUCGAAAGUCCAACGGGGCGUCGCCAGUCGGCGGGCUCGGUCCGCUGAUGGGCGACGUGGACUUCUGCCACCCGUCGGGCUAUUCUUCCCUGGGACAGUCUCAACCACUCCUCGCCCAGGAUGGCCCAAAGAAAAGGGGGAGGAAACCAACCAAACCGAAACGCGAAGGCCCUCCUCGCCCCAGAGGCAGACCUCGAAUACGCCCUCUCCCGGAGCCUUCCUACUGUCGGGGCCUGAUGGGAUCGGCCGCCGGGGAAAGUCGAAGGGGGCGCGGGAGGGGGCGAGGCCGGGGUAGGAGGGAGGAAGGGCUCCCGGAAAUGCACCAAGAUAUGAGCAAAGCGCACGACCUCCCCUAUCAGCAGCACCCGCAGCCACACUUCAGCCAAGAGCGGCAUCUCCAACGCGAUCCGCGUGAGCAUCACGGGCAGCGGCUAGAUCACCACCAAAUGUCACAACAGCAACAAGGGCAUCUCUUGCAUCAUCCUGCGACCCCCUCCCACCACCAAAUGCAUCACCAGCCACAGCCGCACGCUUACCAACAACAUGUGCAGCUACCAACUCAACAGCUGCAACAAGAUCCAGGCAGCCCCAUCAAGGUCACGCGGACGGCAGUUUCUGCCGCGCCCCCAUCGGAAUCGUUUCUGAGGAGCGAUUCGCUGUCCGGCACGGAUCCGGCCCCGUCUGACGGAUCGAUGGGGUCGGCGGCAUCGCUCGGGCCCAGCCCCGCCGGCCCCGCUUCCAACAUGGACAUCAGCAGAAAGGAGCUAAACCAGACACAGGACAAAAUGCAUCAUGACGUUUGUGGAGAGAUGCUGUGGAAGAAAGAAAUGGAAGAUCCACUAAGCCCCGAAGCCUGGGGGGCUAUGCAGAAAAUCUCCACUUCUGUUGACGAGAAAGCCUUUGAUUUCAAAGCCGGUUUCAUGUCCUCUUUUUUGGACUUCCUGAAGACGGGCAAAAAACAGCCAGGGCUGGAGGCGGUCGAGGACCCGUGUGACCCCCGCCCCGCUCUGAAAGGUGGCAUCAGACCCAUCACUCCCACGGCGCCGCUCUCGCCGCCUCAGCCCGCGGGGACAUUCGGCGAGGGGAGGGCGGGCCCGGGGGCGGACCUGGCUCUCGCUAGCUGCCCGAGUCCUUGCAAACCUCUGGACGAUGAGCUGAAAGGGAACCUGGAGGCCCUGCCCUCCUUCUCCUCCGAUGAGGAGGACUCGGUCAGUAAAAACCAGGACUUGCAGAAGAGCAUCUCGUCCGCCAUCUCGGCCCUCUACGACACCCUGGCCUGCGCCGCGGUCAAAGCGCCGUCGGCUGUCUCCCCCCCGAGCCCGCGGGAGCCGCCGCUCAGCCCCUCGCCUCCCGCCGUGCCCCCCCUUGUCCCCUCGACCGCCGCGGCUCAAGGCGAAGCGGGGACGCUCGCCUACGGCGGGCUUCACCUUCCCGAUGAGAACUUGGUCUCCUCGCUGUCCGACGGAGAAGAGGAAGAGGAGAGCCAAAGUCGGCCGACGGGAGAACACCGGGGGGAGGAGGAGGGAGGGGAGGGAGGGGGAGGAGGCAAAACGCCCACCGAGCAGGAAAUGAAGAGCCAUGAGCGGCAAGAGCAGGAGGCGACCGAGGCGGACGGACUGUGCCCAGGACGGCCGUCGUCGGAGGCUUCUCAACUUGAAGAUUCCCCAGCAGGUGCCGCGCCGGCGCCGGCUCUGGCUCCGACUCCGGCUCCGGCUCCGGCUCCGGCUCCAACUCCGCCCCCGGCCCCGCCGUCGGCGUCGCCCUCCGUUUCGCCGACGCCACCCAGCUCCUCUUCGCCGUCGCCGCUCUCCGCCACGCCCGCGUCCAUCUCGGCCAGCUCGAUCCGGCGGGACCAAGAGGCGGACCCCCCCUCGCCUGCCCGCAAACGGCAGCGGGUGCCCGAGCCGGCGGCGGCCACGGCGGGCACCUCCCCGCCCCCCUCCGCCUCCCCUCCCGCCAUCCCCUCGCCCCCUCUCUCCAACCUGGCCCAGAGCCACUCGGUGGCCCCUCCUUCCACCACGCCGCCGCCGUCGUGCUCCGACCAGGACCAGGACCAGGAGCCCGAGGCCGAGCCGGCCUCCCCCUCCUCGCCGUCAAGCUCUUCCCCGUCCCCUUCCUGCUCGCCGCCGACCCCGGAGGAGGCCCCGGCGGCGCGGAGGCUCGCCGCCCUGCACCUGGCCAAGAAGCAGGCCGACGCCGCCGUCGCCGGGCAGAGCGAGGACGACGACAGCGAGAGCGGAGGCGAGGGCAUCUUCCGCGAACGGGACGAGUUUGUGAUCCGGACGGAGGACGUCGGGACGCUCAAGAUGGCUUUGCGGACGGGUCGGGAGCCGCCGCCCAUCUGGAGAGUGCAAAAAGCCCUGCUCCAGAAAUUCAGCCCCGAGAUCAAAGACGGCCAAAGGCAGUUCUGCGCCACCAGCAAUUAUCUGGGCUACUUCGGCGAUGCCAAAAUGCGAUACCAGCGUUUGUACGUCAAGUUCCUGGAGAACGUCGACAAGAAAGACUACGUUCGAGUGUGUUCCCGAAAGCCCUGGCGCAGGACCGCUCUGACUUUGCGGCGCCAAUCGCUACCAAAACAGCUAGCCGCCGCCCACAAUCCGACGCCGCCCGGGGUGGAGCGAGACGACGGCGACAAAGACGGAGCCAAAGAGAAGGAGCCCGAGGAGAAGAAAGAGCGAGAUCCACGGGAGAAAGCGCAAAAGGCCCAAAAAGAACGCCAGCGAAAGGAAGAGCCAGAGAGAGACAAGAGGGAGACGAGGGAGCGCAGAGAAAGGGGCGGGGGGGAGCGGGGGCCGGCCCAAAAAGGCCAGCAAAAGCAGCCGAAGGACGGAGAGAAAGAGACGGACAAAACGGCCAGCCUCCGACGGGAGCGCCAACGGGGGGACGAGCGGCAGAGAGAAGCCCAGAGGGACCCGAGCGAGAGCGAGAAGAGGCGGCGAGGGCAGACCGAGCAAAGGAAGCCGCGGGAGAGCCCAGGCCAGAAACGGGAGAGGCCCAAAGCCGGGAAGGACGGCCUCAAGCGGAAAGAGAGAGCCCACGGGGGCCCGCGCCAGGAAAGAGAAAAGGAGGCGGGCCCACUCGCGGGAGCCACGGACGUCCCGGAGGUCGGGAGAGCCGCCCAGAAGAAGGUGCGGCCGCGCUCCGCGGGCGGGGUUGAGCCUCCUUCCAAGAAGACCAAGAGUCGGACCGAGGACUCGCCGUCCUCCUCAUCGGAAUCCGAUUCGUCACUCCCCAGCGAAGACGAAGGACCCCCGCGGCUUGGGCUCAACAGCCGAGCCAUGAGAGAGAUGUUUCGCAGCUACGUGGAGAUGUUGGUCAGCACGGCGCUCGACCCCGACAUGAUCCAAGCCCUGGAGGACACCCACGAUGAGUUGUACCUGCCGCCCAUGAGGAAGAUCGACGGCCUGCUGAACGAGCGCAAGAAAAGCUUGUUGAGGAGAGUCGGCAUGAGCGCUCAGCACCAGGAGGCUCUUCAGAUCUUCCCGAAAAUGACGGCGGACGCGCCGGAAUCGGGAACCGUCAAAGUUCGACUCGACGGGGAGGUUUACAACCGCAAAACUCUCAACCGCGGCAAGAGGAGCGUUCCGAAGCAACAAGAUCUGAAGCUCUCCCGCGAGACCUGCCGCAUCUACAGCCUCUAUCAUUCCCUUCACCACUACAAGUAUCACACCUUCCUGCAUUGCAAGAAGGAGACGGCCAGCAUCGAGCAGGCGGCGGACGACCCGGGCCAGGAGGAGGUGGUGCAGCAGUGCAUGGCCAACCGCGGCUGGCUGGAGAGCCUCUUCCAUUCCUUCAUGGAGCUGCUCGGCCUCGGGGGAAAAGCCUGAAAAGACUAAAAAAGGGGAGGGGAUGGGGGAGGGGGAGGGGGGCUUGCCUCCGUCCGGCCGCUCGACCCGCACGCCGGAACGAAAAUCCCCGCAAGCAUGGAGGAGACCAUCCUUUGGUCGGCGCCCCCCCAACAGGAAUUCAGCAAGUCGAUAGGCGGCAUUCAUAACCCCCCGUUUGGAUCAUUUAGAUGAUGGUUUAUUUUUGCUCUUCAAAAGACGAAGCGCAGAGAGGAUUUUACGCGGGUAGAAACGAGAAGUCCAAAAAAGCAAACUUUCUUCAAGGAAGCGUGACGGGGAACGAACGAUCCAAACGCCCAAAUGUCCGCGUUUAGCCGUCUGUUGUUGGGAUUUGCCGUCGUUUGACCUCUCGGAGGAGAUUAUCGCAGAGCAUUUAUGAGGUGUAAAUAGUGUACAGCUUCUUCCUUCUCAGCUUUCCAGUUCUUCUGUACAUGAAAUUCCUGUGUUUGGCUCGAGUCAAUAAAAGCGUUGGAAUGACA